AUUAAAUAAAAUUAUAAAAUCUUGACCUAAAAUUCUUCUUCACCUCCCCCAUCUCCAAGCUUCUGCUUCCGGCUAGGAACCGCACCGCCGCUUUUUAUCUUCUUCUUGAGAUUAAUCGCUUAUUCUUCUACUUAAUUAAGAUUUGAACGUUUGUUGUUCAUCGUCCAGCUCCUUAUCCUUUACUAUGGCAACAAGAUUGCAAUACGAGAAUAACUGUGAGAUUGGGGUUUUCUCCAAGCUUACCAAUGCCUACUGUCUGGUUGCGAUUGGGGGUUCGGAGAACUUCUACAGCACAUUUGAGGCUGAGUUGGCUGAUGUGAUUCCUGUGGUGAAAGCCUCGGUUGCGGGUACCAGAAUUAUUGGACGUCUAUGUGCAGGAAAUAAGAAUGGUUUGCUUUUGCCUCACAAUACUACUGAUCAAGAGCUUCAGCACUUAAGGAACAGUCUCCCUGAUUCCGUUGUUGUUCAGCGAAUUGAGGAGAGAUUAUCUGCCCUAGGUAACUGCAUUUCCUGCAAUGAUCACGUUGCUCUUUCGCAUCCUGACCUCGACAAGGAAACUGAGGAAUUGAUCGCAGAUGUGCUUGGUGUGGAGGUUUUCCGUCAGACUGUAGCCGGCAAUAUUCUUGUCGGGAGUUAUUGUACCUUUUCCAACAGAGGUGGCCUGGUCCAUCCUCAUACAUCCAUUGAAGAUCUAGAUGAGCUCUCGACACUCCUCCAAGUUCCUUUGGUCGCUGGGACUGUGAACCGUGGUAGCGACGUGAUAGCUGCUGGCCUGACAGUGAAUGACUGGACGGCUUUCUGUGGGUCAGACACCACAGCGACCGAGUUGUCUGUUAUCGAGAGUGUGUUUAAGCUGAGGGACUCUAAACCUAGUGCGCUGGUCGAUGAAAUGAGGAAAUCUUUGAUCGAUACCUAUGUGUGAAACACAUAAUUUGCUUUUGUACCAAGCGGUAUGACCAGAUUUUGUUAGUGUUUGAAUUUGACAAACUUCUUUUCUUUGUUGUGAUACGAUAUUAUCCAUCAAUAUAUAUCAGUUGUUUUUUGUCC